CGACCAGGUGCCCUCUCCUCUGAUGUUCCCUGCCUGGUGCUGAACCACAUGCUCUGCAUUUGGUAAAUCAGCAUUAUUUAUAGCUCAGGGUAAAGAGGAUUAGGUGUGCUGCCUCUAAUCCCCCACUUCCUCCUGCCCUGCUUCUGCUGACCUCGAUCCCUGCAGCUCUGCAGUCUCCGGCCUGUCUCGGCACAUGGCCUUCAAUCUCCACCCCACAAUUGGGUUUCCAUAGGAAACACAUGUGGGUGAGAGGAGCCGGGGAGCUUUGCAUCCCCACAUCCCCUGCGUAUCCCUUGUGGCUCUUGUAUGGCAGUACAGCAUCAUGUCUCCCAUCCCCUAGACUGGCACAGUGCAGUACUGGUGCCCUCCAACCUCUCUGCUAACAGCCCAUUCUGUUUCCCUCCUGCCAUCCCCCUGUGGCUGACCCCACGGUAAGUUGCUCACACGUAACAGUGCAGCACGUCCCUUGCAAGAGCUUUUGCAAAAAUGACGCAAGAGCUGCCGUGCUCUUACAGCAUCCCUUUCCAAAAUGCACCAGUGUGCUCCAGCUACUGUAAGAGCAGAUGCUGAACCAUGGCACGGUCUCUGCAGCAUCAUCUGUGGGGCAGAAGCUGAAGAAGAAGCGGCAGGAGCCAGCAGCAGAGCCUGAAGACAAACCACGACGGCUGCGGGUGAAGAAGCCGAGUGAACCCAGGGGUACUGAGGAGCCCCAUGGCCCAGUGCAGGGGGUGAAGAAAGUGGGGAAGAAGAAGGAGAAAGGAGAGGAGGAAGGUGGUAAAGAGCCCAGCUCCAAACCCUCCCGGGAGCCUCGGAAGAAGAAGGAGAGCUCGGCACCUCGAUCCCAUGUAGCUGAAGGCCCAAAGAAGCAGCAAGAUGCAUCUGAGGAUGAGGAGGAGGAGGAGGAAGAUGAGAUGGAGAGUAAAGAUCCUCCCAAGAAGCUGAAGAAGAAACUGACCAGAGAGCCACCCUCAGGGGAGAAGAAGCUGAAAGGAAAGGGUGACAAAACCGAUGCUGACAGCAAAGCCAAAUCCUCCAAAAGCACCAAGAAGGAGCCGACAUCUGUGUUCCAUGUGAAUGGGGAGAAGGAGAAGAAGAGCAAAAAGAAAGCUGCCACUGGCAGCGAUGAGGAGGAUGACUCUGAUGCCAGUACCAAACCCAUCCGAUCGGGUAAGAAGAAGAAUCCAGCAUCCCUCUUCCAGACUGGUGGGGACCCUCCCAGGGAGAGGAAAACCAGGAAGAAAGCUCCUAAAGCAGCAGAAAGUGAAGAGGAGACCUUGGAGACACAGCAGAAGAACUCCAACAAGAAAGGCAAAGGGAAGAAAUCUAAAAAGAAGGAAGAGAGGCCACCAUCACCUGUCAUUGAGGUGGACAACCUGGAGAAGUUUGUGCUGUCCCCAGCGCCACAGGGGGUGACCAUCAAGUGCCGGGUGACACGGGACAAGAGGGGUAUGGACCGGGGCCUGUACCCCACCUACUACCUGCACCUGGAUAAUGACAAGAAGGUCUUCCUGCUUGCUGGGAGAAAGCGUAAAAAGAGUAAAACCUCCAACUACCUCAUCUCCAUCGACCCCACGGACUUGUCGAGGGGUGGGGAGAACUUCAUCGGGAAGCUGAGGUCCAACCUGAUGGGGACCAAGUUCACCGUGUUCGACAAUGGCGCUAACCCCGAUCGGGCCAGCGCUGAUUGGUCCAAUGUGCGGCAGGAGCUGUCGGCUGUGGUUUACGAGACCAAUGUGCUAGGGUUCAAAGGGCCCCGGAAGAUGACAGUCAUCAUCCCUGGGAUGAAUUCAGACAACGAGCGGGUGCCCAUCCGGCCCCGAAAUGACAACGAUGGGCUGCUCAUGAGGUGGCAGAACAAGAACAUGGACAACAUUAUCGAGCUGCACAACAAGGCGCCGGUGUGGAAUGAUGAGACCCAGUCCUACGUUCUCAACUUCCACGGCCGUGUCACCCACGCCUCCGUCAAGAACUUCCAGAUUGUGCACAGCAGCGACCCUGAUUACAUUGUGAUGCAGUUUGGACGUGUGGCAGACGAUGCCUUCACCAUGGACUACAACUACCCGAUGUGUGCUGUGCAGGCCUUUGCCAUCGCUCUCUCCAGCUUCGAUGGGAAGCUGGCCUGCGAGUAGCUCCGUGCCACCUUGUCCCCAUCCUCUCUCCUGGUUCCUGUGUCUGACACUGUCCCAUUGGGCACCGCUCUGUCAGGCACUGUUCUGUUGGGCGCUGCUUGCCUGGCUGUGGGCGCCUUCCCUGGGCACUGGUCACUGGUCUCAGGCAGAAGGCAGAGUUAAACCUGGAGUGUAUCUCUUUUUUAGCUUCCGUUUUGUAUUUUGUAGCACAGUCUUUAAAUAAGAAGAGGGUGUGCGAUCUUC